GGCGGGGCCUGUCGGACGCUGCCGCCGCUGCGUGAGGGGAAGUUUUCAGGGCAGAGGACUAUGUACAUGGACUGGAAAUUGGAACGGAGUGCUCAGAAAACAGAGUCACAUGUGCUGCAGGAGCAAGAAGUCACCCUAGAGGGCACAGGCGAAGAUGGUAUCUCUGAAAGCUUCCAGCUUCUACAGAUUGAUGUGGAAUGUGAGCAUCAGGACGGGGAGACCCUGCCCACAGGCAAUGCAGUGUGGUGCUCGAAAAAUGUCCAAAGAAAACAGAGACGCUGGGAAAAGACAGUUGCAGCAAAGAAGAGUAAAAGAAAACAAGAAAAAGAAAGAAGAAAAGCUAAUCGUGUAGAAAAUUCAGGCAUCUGCCCCCAGCACAGCAAACGUUUUCUGAAAUCCUUAACCAAGGAAAGACUUUUGGAAGCCAAACACUCGGGACCAAGACUCUGUAUCGAUUUGAGUAUGACCAAUCACAUGUCUAAGAAGGAAUUAAGUAGACUAGCUGGACAGAUCGGAAGGUUGUAUGGUUCAAAUAAAAAAGCUGACAGGCCAUUUUGGAUCUGCCUCACUGGAUUCACCACAGACAGUCCCCUGUAUGAAGAAUGUUUGAGGAUGAAUGAUGGAUUUUCUAGUUAUCUGCUAGACAUAACAGAAGAAGACUGCUUUAGCUUAUUUCCUCUGGAAACCCUUGUGUACCUGACUCCAGACUCAGAACAUGCUCUUGAAGAUGUUGAUCUAAACAAAGUUUACAUCCUUGGUGGACUUGUGGAUGAGAGUGUUCAGAAGGUCUGCAGGAAUAACUCUGAUUUUGACCAAGGGAGCUUUGACUCAACAUUCUUACCAGCUAUUUGUUCUUUGUGAAAGAGUAGCUUGUUCCUUCUUAGGUCAUCUUCCCUAUUAACAGACGUCUUACCCCAUAAUCUCAGCCUCAAUAGGACUGUCCAGAUUUCUUUUGUUGAAUUGGAAUUUUAUUGGAAAAAUUGGCAUUUUGAAAUAGGUUUCUAUUAUAUAAAUAUUAGUUGAGAUAACCUUGUUUAUAUUUACUAAAUAACAUUGUAUAGACAAUUAUAUAUAUAUGUGUGUGUGUGUGUAUAUAUAUAUGUAUAUAUACACACACAUAUAGUUAAAAUGUAUAAAAAGGAGUACAGUGAAAAGUAAGUCUCCCUCAUCCUUGUCUCCUAGUGUCUGCUGCCUAUGGCAACCAUGAUUUUCUUAUGUAUCCUUCUUGAUAUAUUCUGUGAUCACACAGUAUAUGUUUAUGGGUAUAUUUUAUAUAUUUUUUUUCAUGUAUGUGAGUAUAUCUUUUUCAUAUAUAUAUAUAUAUAUGAGAUAUAUACACAUAUUGAAUACAGGUGAUACUUAACUGAAUUGCAUUUAUUCUAAAAAAGUCAGUGUUCCAUGACUCCAUAGUGAUAAACUAAAACAUUAGCAGGGGGGUGCAUGGGGAGCUCUAAAGAAUGUCAGCUAAUAAAUAAGAAAUGCAUGAUAGAAUUUUAAAAUUUUCAUUUUGUCACUCCCAGGGUAAUAACUGACUCAGGGAACUGAAUGAAAGAUUGUGAGGGAACUGACUAUUCAUGUGGUCCUAAAGUACCACCCCACAGAUUACAAAGGCAAAAAUGUACCAUUACAAUGAAAUGAUCUGGAGGUCAGCAUCUUGACAAAUGAUCAAACUUAGAAUCACCAGUGUGCCUCCCAAUGUGAUGGACUCUCACCUGUGAAGUAUUCUUGCUAGAAAAUGUUUAAACUGAAUUUAAUCAUAAACAGAUCCGUAUGGGACAUUCUGCAAGACAACUGGGCCAGACUUUGAAAAAAGUCAAUGUAAUGAAAACGGAAAUAGUCACAGGGACUAUUUUAGAUUAAAAGAGAUUAAUAAGACGUAAGAGCCAAAUGCCGUCUCCCACAGCACAGUGACAUCCUUUUUUUUGAAGCAGGUAGUUGACCUUCCCAGAGCUUCUUACGAGGUAGUGAACAUAAUUUAAACAUCAGUCCAUGACUCAGGGUUAUCUUUAAAGGAACGUUAGUUACUGUACUCUGACACUACAUGGCCUCAGAUUGUUGGACUUCUUGAAUUCUGUCUCCUUUUUGUGGUUUUCAGAGCCUUUCCCUUCCUUUGAGCUGUAUGCUCUCAUACAUUAAUGCUGUCUUAUUGCUGGUGGUGUAUCUGACUCGAAUCCUGUCUCCCUUAUUUCUAAUUUGCUGCUACCAGUUCAAUGUGACUGAAAACUCCAGAAUUGGGUCUUACUGAGUUAGGGCCAGGAGUAUUCUCCACUGAUUGAUUAGACUUGGAUUUUUGGAUGCAGACUGUGGCUGCAGAUAUGCUUCUUUUUACUUAUUUCCUUCUUGAUUGUUAAGUAGUAGUGAGUGAAAGCUAGUGGAUAGAUGAGUGAGGUGUUGCUGCACAAGCCAUUUCUUACUUGCCACAAGUAAAUACUCUUCAUUAUCUAUAGUUUCUUCCACUCUACCAUAGGCUACUUAAUUUUAAUAUACUUAUCAUUUAAUUAUGAUUACAGAUGGAAAUUGAGGCAGUAAAUGAGGAUUCUCACAAUUUACUCUGCAUAUUACAAUGAGAAUAUCUUCAUGUAUUAUUUUUAUAAGAAUAAUAUGUAACUGUGAU